AUGAGUAUUGCAAAGCAGUCGUGCGACUGUUGUCGUGUUCGUCGAGUUAAGUGUGACCGCCAUAGACCAUGUAGCAAUUGCUUUCGACGCCAUUUGAAGUGUACCUAUCUUCAACCACUGAAAAAAAGAGGUCCAAGAUCCAUUAGGGCAAAAAGCUUGCGAAAAAUAGCUGAAGUGCAGACUAUAACUUUGAAUAACAAUACCAGGACCACCCCAGUGGCACUGAUGAAGGUUCCAAAGAAGGUAAUUGAUCACUGUUUGAGGCUCUACCACGAUAAUUUAUACCUAAUAUGGCCUGUCCUCUGCUAUGAUGAUCUUCACAAGCUUCUGGAGGGAAAUUUUGAUGACUGUUACGCUUAUUGCUUUUUAGUAUCUCUUUCGGCGGCGACUCUUAGCGAUUUGCAAACUGAAAUAAAAUCCGAAGAUGGAGUUUCUUUUACUGGCGAGAAGUUAUGCUCUCUUUGUAUGCUAUCCCGACAAUUCUUCGACGAUCUCGGCAACAGCGAUUUAUUUCGAAUAAUGACAUACUAUUGUUUGCAUCGUUGUUACGCACAGUCCGCCGAUACAAGAACUUCAUACAGACUUUCUUGUGAAGCUGUAGGCCUCAUCAAGGUAGCCGGGUUCCACCGUGAAGAAACUUAUGGGUAUCUUUCAUUUAAUGAGCAGCAGAUUGCAAGAAAGGUUUAUUAUUUGCUCUUCAUGACAGAAAGAUACUAUGCCAUAUAUCUUCAUUGUUCAACAAGUCUCGACGCCACAAUUUCUCCACCACAACCUGAGAUUUCAUCUGAUCCUCGGCUCUCUCUCGAUAGUUUUCUAGAAGUGAUUAGGGUCUUUACCGUGCCAGGAAAAUGUUUCUUUGAUGCCUUAGCUACUAACAGUGCCAAUGCUUGUACUGAAGCCUCCUUAGCGAGGAUAUGGACAGAACUUCAUACAACAUCCUUCGCUGUAAAGCCGUGGCCUUAUCGGUAUAUAGACUUUUUAUUUUCUCGACACUGGAUCAGGGCCCUGGCGUGGAAGCUAGUAUUUCAUGCAAAAGGGAUGCGAAUGAAUUUUCUUUCGAAUAGUAGCAAUACGCAUAUACCAGUCGAAAUUGCUAGGGACAUGUUAGGGGACACAUUCUCAACUCCAAACAACCUUUAUGAUGUUCACGGUCCCGGAAUACCAAUGAAAGCGUUAGAAGUAGCCAAUGCAUUGGUUGACGUUGUAAAUAAGUAUGAUCAUAAUGAGAAGUUAGAGGCCUGGAAUGUUUUGUACGAUGUAUCCAAGUUUGUCUUUUCUCUGAAACACUGUAACCAUAAAAUGGUCCAAAAAUUUUCAACUAAAUGUCAAAGCGCCCUAAUUUCUUUGCCUAUCCCUGAAUAUUUGCAAUUAGACGACAGUUCCAAGGAUUUCACUGAUAUAAUUUCUUGA